GCUCAAAGCGAAGAAAAGACACUCUGGCUCUGUUGUUGCAAGUGAAAGAUACCCUGUAAACAGCGCAACAUUUUGACAGCUGUUUAUUUCAAAUCAAACAAUCACACGGAGCACCGCGUAAAGUAUUUCAGGAAAUCCAGCCGAUACGGCAUAGUGAAAUAAUUAUCAGCUCUACUCAACAUUCUAUUCAACUAAGUCGUUCCUUAGGAUGAACCUUGAAACACGUAAAACUGAUUCGCCUACUUCCAAAUGCCUUAUCGAAAGGCUACCACCAGAGAUUAUGUUCAAUAUCUUCGACUAUCUGGACCAUGAAUCACGAAAAUCGGCAUCCCUCGCAUGUCGUCGUUGGGAGCAAAUCUACUCCAACUAUUGCACCAAACGAUUUGUGCUGUGCAAUUACCGCUGCCAUGAUCAAUCCGAUUUUAUCUGGUACAGAGAUCCUACCACCGGUGACCCGGCCUGUAUGCUGAAGCACACGCAACGCACUUACCGCAAGGUGCAUCUGAAUUUGUUUUUCAAGGAAGAAAAAUCCAUUAUCGUUGACCGUAAAGUGUCCAAUGCACUGGGCGAGCUGCUCCAGCCACGCUGGCUGCAGCAGUUGGUCGUACUAAAGCUGGGAAUGGCUUUGUCCCCGGAAAGAUUUACCGUAGAACUAUCGGAUGCGGUGGCAAAGAUGGACCAUCUGCAGGAGCUGCGCCUUCAUUUUAUGCGAGAGGACAGCGAUGGGCCACUGUUCAGCAAGCUGAAGCUGGUGAACGCUUCGCUCAAUAUGCUGGAGGUCCUAGACGUUUGGCCUGGUGUAAUUGACUGCCCCAAUCUGCGGUCCCUUACUAUUGGGUUCCCGCUGUACAACAAAUGCAAACCGUAUGUACUUCACCGAGGACAGGCACCGUUCUGGAAUAUGAAGCAGCUGAAGGAACUCACUAUUAUUGAUCGUUCUUUGAACAUUCAUUUGGAAUUCAAGGACCUGUUCACGGGCAUGGAACAGUUAUGUAAGCUGAUGCCUCAAAUUGAAAGGUUGAACUGUUAUGGUUUUGCGAUAUCGGAGAGGGAGCUGUGCAUUAUCUGCGAGUCGUUUGUGCGUUUGGAGACCCUGAUGCUGUGCACCGUGAAAACGCAUGGUGCGAAUGCGUUUCACCAUCUACGAAAAUUGCCCAAUCUGCGUACGUUAGGGAUUUUUAACAUCUAUAUGAGAGAAUUGGUGUCGUUCGCCUCUGUUAGCUUGCCCAUGCUCAAGAAGCUACUUCUAGGCAGGCUGCAGUACGACGCCCGAACGAUGCCUAACGUUUUUGUGCUGAGACGUCCAGGCAUCAAGUGGCGGAGGAUGACGAGAAUGCCAGUUUUUGUUAAUUUUGCUAAAAAUUUUAACCGCCUGCAGUUCCUGGCCGUUGAUUUACAUCUAAUUUAUGAACCAGCGGCACUCCUGGCUGAAUUGCGCCAAAUUCCGGACCUGGAAACGCUCGUCCUAGAUAACGUGAAUUGUGUCGGCGACCUUCAAGACGUGCCAUUCUUGCCACAGCUGAGGCGACUAGUUUUGUAUUGUUGGAAAAAUGUUGAUCCCUCCAUGCUAAAAGACAAUAUUGCCGUACGGCUCCCGAAUGUAAACUCAAUCAAAGUUAUUUUCAGAUUUACGCCUGGAUGUGCAACUCGAAGCAUCGGUCAUGCUUGCCGCAGAAUAUGCGCAUGCUGUCGCCCAUGUUAGGAAUUAAGUUCGUUUUGUCUUCAGAACUGAGAGUUUUUAGCUUAAGUUGGCUGACACACCAAGGUUGAUUAGAACUUUAAACGAAGUAAUAAAAAUAUCGAAUUACAGCUAAAGAGUUCUUCGUGGCCGUUGGCGGUACCGGGCGAUUUGUCUUAUCGAAGU